AACACAGCUUGUGCUACAAGCAGUACCAUUCACUUUUGCAUGCCUCUGACCUGCAGUGGUUUCACUGAUGAACUCGUCAAAGUGAGUGGCAAAAAUCUGUGCUCUUUGACAUAGGAAAUAAAAGUCUAGUAAGAUUGAAAAGGAUAAGAAACAAGAAGAUAGACAUGAGAGGGUAAUGAUAAAGAACUGCAGGAGCUUGAGUGAAAUCUGGUUGAUUGUUUUGCUUCCCACCGGUCACAAGGUCUCCAAGAGAAAAAAAGUCUUACUGACUAGCUGGGCAUAUGGGCCAGACCAUACUGUAACUUGGGACCUUCUUCAGGUGUUACCUACUGGUGAGGAUGGAAACACAGACCAGGAAGUCACCUUUCCCUCAUCUGUAUAUGGAGAACUGAAUCUUUUGUACUCUGUUGUUUUGUGCUUGAAUACAGUUCUGGAGAACCUCUCAACAUGAAUGCUACUGACAGUGGGAUCAGCAGUCUCUGUGCAAUAUGUGGAGACCGAGCAACUGGAAAACAUUAUGGUGCUUCCAGUUGUGAUGGGUGCAAAGGAUUCUUUAGACGCAGUAUACGGAAAAAUCAUGUUUAUACAUGCAGGUUCAGCCGGCAAUGUGUUGUUGACAAGGACAAAAGGAAUCAGUGCAGAUAUUGUCGUUUAAAAAAAUGUUUUCGAGCAGGAAUGAAAAAAGAAGCUGUACAAAAUGAACGGGACAGGAUAAGUACAAGAAGAAAUACUUUUGAUGGCUGCAACAUUCCCUCUAUUAGCACAUUGUCACAAGCUGAGGCACUUUCCCGUCAGAUCUCAGUCUCCAGUCCUGGUGCAAGCACUGACAUAAAUGCUAAGAAAAUUGCUGGUAUUAGUGAUGUCUGUGAAUCUAUGAAGCAGCAACUUUUGGUCCUGGUGGAAUGGGCUAAAUAUAUUCCUGGCUUCUGUGAAUUACCACUGGAUGACCAGGUUGCACUGCUGAGAGCGCAUGCUGGGGAGCACCUGUUGCUUGGAGCAGCAAAACGGUCCAUGGCAUAUAAGGACAUUUUACUUUUAGGUAACAACUACAUAAUCCAUCGCAACAGUACUGAAGUGGAGAUCAGCCGAGUGGCAAAUCGAAUCCUAGAUGAACUAGUUCGACCCUUCCAGGAAAUUCAGAUAGAUGACAAUGAGUAUGCCUGCUUGAAAGCGAUUGUGUUUUUUGAUCCAGAUGCAAAAGGCCUGAGUAAUCCAGUGAAGAUUAAGAACAUGCGGUACCAAGUCCAAAUCAGUUUAGAAGAUUAUAUCAAUGACCGUCAAUAUGACUCCCGAGGAAGAUUUGGAGAGCUUUUGCUUUUACUGCCUACACUCCAGAGUAUCACUUGGCAAAUGAUUGAGCAAAUACAACUGGUUAAACUAUUUGGAAUUGUUAAAAUUGACAGUUUGCUUCAGGAAAUGUUACUGGGAGGUACUUCUAAUGAUGCCAGUCAUUUACAUCAUCCAGUACAUCCUCACUUAGCCCAAGAUCCAUUAACUGGCCAAACUAUCCUCAUAAGUUCAAUGUCUGCUCCUGUACAUGCAGAACAGAUUUCAACACCAGAAACUCCAUUACCUUCUCCUCCUCAAGGCUCUGGACAAGAAUACAAAAUGUCUUCAAAUCAGGCUUCAGAAUGGGGUGAUUCUUCUGGAUUUCCUGGAACCUGGACAAACCAUCAACUCUGACUGCUACAUGAUGAGAUUGACUAAGCCGAAGGCUCAAACUUCCAGAGUCAGACCAGAGAAGAAGACAACCUUUCUCCUGCAACACAGUAAUGCCAGGCCCCAUACCAGUUUGAAGAUCAUGGAACACACAACCAAUCUUGGCAGGACUGUCCUAUCAAACCCACCAUAUAGUCCAUAUUUGGUGUCUUUUGACUUCCAUCUAUUUGGGCUGAUGUAAGAUGGACUGCAUAGCCAACAUUUUUCUAUCAACAGUGUCACAGAAGCUGUGAAACAGUGGGUCACCUCCACUGGUGCAAAUAUUUAUAGGUAUGCAGGCUCAUGCUCAUCACUGGCAAAAAUGCAUUGCUAAAGGUGGUGACUGUUGAAAAAUAGCAUCUUGUAACUGAUAAUUUGCUCUAUCAAAUACUAUUUUUGUACUCCUGUUGUAGUUUCCAUGAAAUAAAUAGGAGGCAUUGCUUUCAGAGUGACCUACAUAUUUAUAUUGUAGAUCUAUGUCUGGAGAGAGAUGAUUUGCUAACUCAAGUGAUAGACAUGUCUGAAUUUAACUCCAGAUGUUCUUCAUUUGAGCCAUGGUAUUUCAAGCUAUGAAGAUAGCCAGCAUAUCCUGUACUUUCUGUUUGGAUUUCAAACUCAGAAUUUUCAGUUUUUUGAUAUGAAUUGACUUACUGUGAUGAGUCACCUUUGACUCCUCUUCCUCCUUUCCUAGUUUUGAAGGAUCCAGAAUUGAUUGAAAUUUUCCUUCCGGAGUUUAACUAAUCUGGAUAUAGACCCUCUGUCAGUUUGCACAAAGUGGCCAUUGUGACACAUACUCACAUGGGCAUAUAUGCACUAAGAAUUUUUGAAAAUUAUCUGUUAUAAAACAUAAAGUGAUUAUUUUGCUCAUACAGUAAUGAUAUUGUAAGAAAAUUGCCACUUUGCACAUUUUAUUUAUUCCAGACAGCAUUGCUUUUCUUUUAAUACCUCAAAGUAGGUUGUUUUUCGUUUCUUUUUUUUUCCCCCAGAAGCUAUAUAAGAAAUAAACAGAAAAAAUAUUUGCAGUUUGCUGAACCAUGGCAAAGAUGAAACACAAUGGAGUCAGAAAUUCUGCAAGGUGAGAAGUUGUUCAUCCUGAAUCAGACAUUUGCCUUAAUCACAGCAUCCAAAGAUGGUAUAACUAAACCACUGGCCUUUAAAGUUACUCAAACAAAUAUAUAUGAUUCUUCACGUACUUUUUUUUUUUUUUUUUUUUUUUUUUUUUCAGGCAGAAAAUACACAGUAAAUACUAAAUAUGACCUAAACAUUUAAAGGGCUUUAAUGAAAAUACAUUUACCACAUGGUAGAUGCUGUGUUUCUUCUUGUUAUUUUGAAGUAGUUGCUUUUGUACCUAGGUCUGCAUACAGUAGCUCUUAAAGUUUACUUUUUGCUUUGUAGAAUGUGUUUUUCUUUUUGCUGGUUAUUGUUUACUUGUUUUUGUUUUUGUUUUUUAUCAAUCCAUUGCUCCUUUUACUAGACCCUUUUAGUAAGACUUUUUACGGCAGAAUAAAGUACCAGAGUUUUGACAUUAACUUUAGGGGGAUCAGAACUGUGCUGUUUCUCCACGUAGUUCACCAGCACUUUGUGAGAAAACAGAUAGAGCAUGCAUGAGACACCCAAAUAUUGACUGAGGUCACUUUUGUGACCGCCUUACAGAAAGUGAAUGUUUAGCUGUGGCUGGAUAUGCGUGACUUUACUGGAUCAGAUUAAUUAAGCCGGUUUUGUGAAUGUGACAGGAUCAGUCUGACUAAAUAAAAGUAACUUGAAAUAUAAAAUGGCCCCCAAGUUGGGUACCCCUGCCUUAUAUAAGCAAUUAACGUAAUAACAUAAUGGGUUUAGUUUUUCACACUGUUGUUUAGAUAUUAAAUGUACAAUUACAUGGUUUCACACACUGCCAAAAUGUACUGGAUGAAAAACAUACUUUAGUAUUUUAUCUUACUAAAAGAUGUUAUCUAUUUUGUACAAUAUAUUACAUUUUUGAAUAAGAGGAACACCACUGUAAUUUAUUGGGAAAAGCUGAUUUAUUUUAUAAAUGUAACAUUAUUUUUGUAAGCUUAAUUAUUCAAAAUCAAAAAUGAUUAGCUUUGUUAAAUAUUAAAUUAUAAUAAGAUGUAACUUUAUAUGUUUGAACUCUGAUACCAAGUUUUUGUUUUGAGCAUUUGGAAUUGAAAUGGUUUCUGGAAAUAUUUCAAAUGGACUGUUUUUCAUCAAAAUUCAAUAAAGAAAAAUGAAUGAUCCAAAUGA